AUGUCCGGAAACCACCAUGUCCUCCGCCUAGUGCUCUCAUGCCGCAAAAUCACAGCACAGGUGACAAGCCCCAGCAGCUCCUCAAUCAUAGCCAUGGCCUCUUCCUCCGAGCAAGAGUUCGUUGCCUGCUACCGAUCCAAUCUCAACCGCUUCCCUCGCUCUCCAACCUUCUGGGAUGCCAAGGUCACCUCUCGCAUCGGCGAGAAGCUUGCCCUUCGUUUCCAGGAUAUCGGCGUCACUGGUGUCGAGAUUGACCUCCGUGAAGAGCUAUCUAGGCCCGUCCACCACCGCAUCGAGGUGUUGUCGCUCUUCUACUUUGUCCAGGCCCGUCCACCACAUGGCUGA